AUGAUGAGAAACAGCACUGAUUUGAUGAGAGUCCUUUUUUUGGCAGCAUUGUUUCCAUUUUCAUCGAUGGGAUUCAUCAAUCCAUUGGGUGCGUGCCGACCUCAUUCUCGAUCAUCAACAAGAACAGCCAGAUCCCCAAUAUGCUUGCUAGUGAACAUCAAUUCAGACGACCCAUUUGAGAUCUUGGGUCUAAACGAAGCGACGACCGAUAAAAAGGUCAUAAAAAGGGCAUACAAGCGAAUGGCACUGAAGUAUCACCCCGAUGUCCUUUCGACGCCUCAGAGUUCACAAGAAGAGAAGAAGGCAGCGAGUGAUCGAUUCGCCAAGAUCAAUUGGGCAUAUUCCCAGCUCAGCGGUAAAGGCGAGGAUAAUAGCACUUACAAGUCGAAGUCCAAUACACAAAAUCCUUCUUCCACUGGCGGCUGGACGCCUCCCCAUAGACGAGCUGGUGGUAGCCAGGGAAGCAACCGUGGUUAUGCGUCUUCUGGAUCCGAUUCCGUCGAUUGGUCUGACUUCAUACCUAAGUCUGAUGACAGCUACGACACUGACGGCGAUUCUUUUGGAAAAAUCUUUUCCGAUAUCUUUGCUGGGGCCGCUACAAGUGCGGUGUCAGGUGGUGCUGCUGGAUCGACUUUAUUCAAGGACUUUAUUGAGUUUCUGGAAGGCAAUGUGGACGGCUUUGGCGGCACAACUGGGAGCGACGACUCUGAGCUGCAGUAUCUACUCGGGAGAGGGACGAGAGAAGAGAUCCGAAACGAACUUGACGAUACCAAAUUGGUUGUUGAUCAACUAACAAGAAAACUGCGUGGUAUUGAAAACGAAAUUUUCAGUGCCACUGCCGAGCUCGGCGAAACAGAAAAGUAUCUAGAAAAAAUCAGACUGGAAGAGAUCAUUGCAGAAAUGAAUGCUCGGAAAAAAGUCGUGAAGGGAUACCUCCAAAAAGCCGAGCAGAGACUGCUUAAACUUCAAAUACGUUACAAGGAAACGAAGAGAAGCAACCCGCAAUGGGACGAUACUGAGCAAGAAUCGGCAUCAUCAAGUUACUCUUCUACAAAGUACCCUUCAUCGGCACCGAAAUACCCGUCUUCAAAGGAGCACAAUCCUGACCUGUCUUGGAAUAGCGAAGGAUUUGGCUCCUCAAGCCGAACGGCUCGCCGAUCUGUCACUUCAAACGAUGGCGGCAAGCAACAAUCUUGGAAAAAGGAAGGGUUCGGAUCAUCAGCACGGCGAGGUAGUCGCCGUCGUCCCGAAACAGCGACUGAAAGUUACAAGAAGCACGAGGCAGAACCUGCAUACUCUAGCACCUCUGAAAGCACCUCUGAGAGCAGGUGGUCGACUGAUGGAGGCGAGAAGUCAUGGAGAACUGAAGGAUUUGGGUCCAGACGUCGCACAAGGCGUCAGGACAGGGAUACCCAAAAUCAACGCCCUGCAGGGACAACUUCUGGUCGAAGCGAUCAAGAUAGGUUCGGAACCAGCAGAUCGUCUGGAAUUUCUUCCUUCGGUUCUUCUGAUGGUUGGACGGAAUCAGUUCCCCCGCAUCGCAGAGCAACUUCCUCCUCAAAUGCGCAAGAUGACUCGAAAAGGCGACUUCGAGAGAUCGUUGUUGAUGAAGAAUUUGAAAAGCUGAAACGGGAACUUGGGUUGUAG